AUGGACGCGCACCACAACCUGCGCACCGAGACUCACAUCGACACCGAGCCGAGGUUUAACGAACGCCUGGUUUUGUCGCUCAAAGACUGCUCUUCGUGUCUGGUUGUGGAUGACGAGCUGAACAUCCUCCCGCUCUCCCGACACGCCAAAGCAGUCAAGUCGCUCAAGGAGGAGGAGGAGGAAGAAGGCGAUGACGAGAGGCCGAAGACGGCCAACGAGAAGGAGCUGGAGGAGUUGAAGGCGACCACAGCUGACGCAAUGCCACUUGGACCCAUUGUCGCCGCCUCGAGGACCCUGGAUCAGGCCAAGGCGGUCAUGAGCUUCGUGGACGCUAUCUCGGAGAAGAGCCUGAAUCGAACGAUGGCGCUGACCGCGGCACGUGGCCGUGGCAAGUCGGCGGCCAUGGGCUUGGGCAUCGCCGCUGCCGUUGCCUACGGCUACUCCAACAUCUUCGUCACGGCGCCGUCUCCGGAGAACCUGAGCACUCUCUUCGAGUUCAUCCUCAAGGGCUUCGACGCCUUGGGCAUGAAGGAGCAUCAGCAGUAUGAGCUUGUUCAGGCGGAGAACCCGGAGCUCAACAAGGCCCUGGUGCGGGUGAACGUGUUCAAGGAUCACCGCCAGACGGUGCAGUACAUCAGUCCCUCGGACUGGCAGCACCUGGCGCAGGCCGAGCUGCUGGUGGUGGAUGAAGCCGCGGCGAUUCCGUUGCCCAUCGUCAAGAAGCUGCUUGGGCCAUACUUGGUGCUACUGGCUUCGACGGUGAAUGGCUACGAAGGAACGGGCCGGGCUCUUUCCCUGAAGUUGAUUGAGGACCUGAAGACCGGCAAGGGCAUCGGAAAUGCCAAGAAAGGGCCGACCGGCGAUCGGACCUUGCGGGAACUCUCGCUGGAGGAGCCGAUUCGAUACGCACCCGGCGAUCCGGUGGAGGCCUGGCUCGGACAGCUGCUGUGCUUGGAUGCGGCGCAGGUGCCCAAGCUCCGGAUGAGCUCCCUGCCUUUGCCGGCAGAAUGCAGCCUCUUCUUGGUGAACCGCGACGCUCUGUUCUCGUACCACGAGGCAUCUGAGAAGUUCCUCUUCAAGAUGAUGUCCCUGUUCGUCUCCAGCCACUACAAGAACUCGCCGAACGACCUGCUCCUCAUGGCCGACGCGCCGGCGCACCAUCUGCUGGUGCUGCUUCCUCCCAUCGAUGCUGGCUCCGAGACAGCGGAGUUGCCGGAGGUUUUGGUGGCCAUCCAGAUCUGUAUGGAGGGUGCGCUGUCCCAGGAGAGUGUGAAGGCGUCCCUCAAACGCGGCCUACGCCCUUCGGGCGACCUGAUCCCGUGGACGCUGACUCAGCACUUCUUGCACGAUGGCUUUGGGCAGCUUUCUGGUGCCCGCAUCGUGCGCAUCGCGACGCACCCCUCGUUGCAACGGAAAGGCUAUGCGUCCGAAGCCGUCAAGCAGAUGAUCGCCUGGUUUGAGCAGAAGACACGCGGCGGUGCCUCCUUCGGGGAGGAUGGCCCAAGGAGCAAGAAGAGCAAGGGCGGCGAUGCUUCGACAGGCCUUCAUGAAGAGGAGCUUGCGCCCAGGGAGGUGCCACCGCUUCUGGAGGCAACAGCCGAAGUGCCCCCGCCGUACGACCUGGACUAUGUCGGAACCUCCUUCGGGCUCACUUACGAGCUCUUCGAGUUCUGGCGGCGUUCGGGCUUUCGUCCCGUCUACUUGCGCCAGCAGCCGCAUGCGGCAACAGGCGAGCACUCCUGCAUCCUGCUGCGCACCCUGGCGCCGCUGGAGGGCGACGCGCGCGCGGAGCCGGUUAUUGACCACUUCGUGGCAGACUUCCGGCUACGCUUCCUGCGUCUGCUACAAGGGCCUUUCUCCAAGCACCCCACAAGACUUGCACUGUCCGUGGUCGAUCCGCCACCCGCUGACAACGUGGUCCCGGAGGAUGCGGAUGCUGAGUCUCCGGUAGAGAUUCAGCAGCCGCUGACCGCCGCGUCUUUGCUGCAGUUCCUGUCGCGCGAUGACAUUCACAGGUUGGAGCAGUAUGGCAAGAACCUCGUUGAAUACGCGCUGGUCCUGGACAUCGUUCCGACUUUGGCGACCCUCUUCUUGUCGCGGCGAAUGCCGGAGGUGCGCUUGUCCACACUUCAGUGCGCGAUUCUGGUCGCGAUCGGAUGCCAGCAUCGGACCUUCGACGAGGUGGCGCAGGACUUUAAUGCUCCCGCGUCGCAGCUGCUGGCGCUGUUCAACAAGGCCAUGCACAAGCUCUCCAACCACUGCCGGGCGCUCUUGGAGCGGCAGGUAGAAGAGGAGGGGGAGGCAGAGGGACUGGCGCAGCGGCCAAUGCAGUCCGGCGAGGUGGUUGCUGGCGGCAGCUUCGUGAAAGAGUCCCUCAAGUCGGACCAAGAGCUUGCAGGGCAGAAGGUCAACAAGAAGCUGCAGGAGAAGAGGAAGGACUUGCUAGCAUCACUUACCAACGAGAAUUUUGCCGUCGCCCCGAGCACGGAAGACUUCGCUGAAGCCCUGGGCGGCAGCGCGCCGGCAUCAGGCAUCGUGUCCGUGAAGAAGAAAAGGCAAGCUGAAGAAGCUGCCAACGCUGGCGGACGGAAGCCAGGCAAGAAGUCUCGAAAGUAG